AUGGGUGAUAAUAAUAAAGGGAAAAGUUAUGUGCAAUCGUCAUCAGCAGCAGUAGAUGAUGAUGACAAUGAUUAUUAUGACACCACAUGCGGUAUCGGCAAUUGGCGGCCACAAUGGCUGCAACAGUUUGCGACACCCAAAUCGUUUGUCAUUAACUUUUCGAUUGUAGCCAUACUUCAAGGGGCCUACUUUACAUACCUGAUCGGAUCCAUAUCGACACUGGAAAAACGUUUUGCUUUCGAUAGCAAGAUAUCCGGUUUCAUAAUGAUUGCCGACAAUAUUAGCCAAAUGUUUAUCAGUCCUAUUAUCGGCUAUCUGGGUGCCAAAUAUAACCGAUCUCGUUUGAUAGCCUCCGGCGAACUAAUAGUUGCCAUGGCCUGUAUGCUUACAACACUACCCUAUUUUAUCUAUGGUCCCGGACUACAUCUACUGUCCAAUACUAAUGUUAUGUCAAAUACUACACAACACGAAGUUUGUUCGGCAGAUAAUUCCGAGCCCGAGUGUACAGCUGAUGGUGGCGGCGGUCAUAAUACAGAUUUACCGGCAGUUAUCAUACUAUGGUUAUCAAGUUUUGCCAAUGGUUUGGGUUAUACAGCUUUCUAUACGAUUGGUUUGCCCUAUAUUGAUGAUAAUGUUCAAAAGAAAAAUUCACCAUUAUAUAUAAGUACAACUGCAACACUUAGACUAUGUGGACCGGCUCUGGGCUUUUUACUAAGUUCUAUAUCCCUGGCCUCAUAUGAGGAUCCAUUUUAUGAUCCUCAUAUAAAACGCAAUGAUCCUCGAUGGGUAGGUGCUUGGUGGUUGGGUUUUCUAGUACUGGGAAUUGCAAUAUCAAUUUUUUCGCUACCAAUGUUUAUAUUUCCAAAACGAUUUAAAAAUAGUAAAUCAAUAAAAUUGCCAAAAAUUAGUGAAGCUAUUGAUACUAAUCCGGCGGCUGAUCUCAAUCCUACCGAUGGAUUUGUUGAGAUCAGAGUCAAUGAUGACUUAGAGGAUGGUAAUGAUAACCAAACAGUUGAUAAUCAGCUAACAAAAGUCACCAAUGAUAGCAAAAUGACAAUUAUAAGCGGAGCAUUGAAACGGCUGUUCAUAAAUCCGGUCUUAAUAUUUCACGCUUUGGCCGGAAUUUUCCGGAUAUUCGGUUAUUUCGGGUUUUUUAUGUUCAAACCCAAGUAUAUGGAACUUCAAUACAGACAGUCAGCUUCGGGGGCCAGUUUUUUUACCGGCUCUACAAGUGUCCUAACAAUGGCCGUCGGAAUAAUGGGCGGCGGAAUAAUUCUCAGACAAUUUAAACCCAAAGCCCGAUCACUUGUGCUGUUUAUGUUUGUCGUCGAACUGAUAGCCAGUUGUCUGAUGUUUUCGGGUAUAUUUUUAGGCUGUCCUCCGCCUAACUUUCCACACACAACUAUGAUCGGCAACCGUAUGAGUCUUGAUUCACCCGAUUUGUGUAACUCUGGCUGCGGGUGCUCUAAUCGUGUCUAUCAACCCAUUUGUUCAUCCGAUGGUCUCAAUACCUACUUUUCUCCGUGUUAUGCCGGAUGCAAAUCAGUAGACAUCACUACUGAUCCAAUUACAUUUGGUGAUUGCAAUUGUGUCCAAAAUUCACUGACAAACACAGCAACAACCGGCUAUUGUCCCAGAGAUUGUAAUCUGUUUCCCGUAUUUAUAAUACUAUUAAGUUUAGGCAGUUUAAUAUCUUCGACGGCCCGCACGGGUAAUACAUUGAUUACACUCAGAUGUGUUGACCCACAGGACAAAAGUUUUGCAAUGGGAAUAAUCGGUAGUUUUUUCGCAGUUUUCGCCUACAUUCCUUUCCCAUUGAUAUUUGGAUCCAUAACUGAUUCCACAUGUCUUGUAUGGGAAGAAUCUUGUGGUAAAACUGGUAACUGUUGGCUCUAUGAUAUCGACAAGUUUAGAGUAUACUUACAUUCAGCCGCUUUUGGAUUCAUGUUAUUGGGAUCACUGUUUGAUAUCGGAAUCAUUGUAUACUCCGAUAGAUUGAAGAAUCUAUUGGAUGAUGAAGAAGAAGAUGAAGAUAAUGAUAACAACAGUGGUAAAGAUGUGGCCAUCAAUAAUGAGAUACAGUUGGUAGAGAAAACAGGUAGAGAUGAUCAACAAAAUGGCAAUAAUAUAGAUAUUGAUUGAAUCAAAGUAU